CACAAAUUAGAAAAAUAUAGUGGAUUUAGACUAAAGUUAUAUGAUAUGUAAUGGUGUAUACCUCUACAGCAUUGAGUAUAGUUAUAUUGGUGUUUGUGGUGGUUAGCUGGGCACACGCCAUAUAUUUGAGCUGGUGGCUGUCAAUUCCACUUAAAGAUGCCCCUGACGGCUGAUGUUGCAGCACAACAGGUGCAGGAACGCCUAAGGUCCCUGCAUAGGUUGAUAUACGACAUAGAUUCAGAGAGAGGCCGUAAUGAGCAGUGUAUAGAGUCUAUAUUGAGAGCCGAGAAAGCUGCUGAGUCACCUCCAGCUAAUGAGGAUUCUUCCAGCUCUUCACAACAGCAAAGCCAAUUGAAAAAUCUAUACAAAACUGGUCUAACUGCAGCUGAGCAAGAAGAGAGGUUGCUACGAGCCGCUCUGUCACGCAUCUAUGAGAUACGUUCCAUCAAGAAUGAGAGAAGGAUUCAGGCUCGCCAUGCAGGUAACAAAGAGACCAUAGGCUGUGGGGCUCUAAUGAAGAUGUUACUAAGCGCGGCGCAAACAUUGCCACUACAUGUAGGUCGCGUGGGCGAGCGUGCGCCGCCGCUGUGCGGGGCUGUCCCCGCCGAUUCGGGGCAUAUCGCUCGGCCGGGCGAUGCUGUAGCUGCGUUAGUUAAGGUGUCCGAAAAAGAAGAAAACUGGAUCUUGGCUGAAGUUGUAUGUUGGCAUCCAGCUCAAGGUAAAUACGAGAUCGACGACAUAGAUGAGGAACAGAAGAAUCGACACAUUUUAAGCAAAAGACGAGUAGUACCCCUGCCUCUGAUGCGAGCAGACCCUCGUACUGAUGAGCAAGCCUUGUUCCCAAAAGGUGCUGUUGUGAUGGCACUUUAUCCUCAAACAACGUGCUUUUAUAGAGCGGUGGUGAAUCGACUGCCUGCUAGUGCUGGAGAUCCUUAUGAAGUAUUGUUUGAGGACUCAUCGUACGCAGACGGUUAUUCGCCGCCGGAGCGCGUGGCCCAGCGCUACGUGAUCGCCAUCAAGGAGGGUAAGGGCCGCGCCACCUGACCCCGCCCGCGCCCGCCGCCCCCGCACUCCUCCACCUCCACGCCCUCUGCUUCCUCAUCGCCAUUGUCUUCAAACGACUCAUUGAUGUAAACAGUGUUGUGCGUGUACUUUGUUGUGUUCCUUGACUUUGGGGAAAUUAUUGGCAUUUGGGUUCGAGUGUGGGUUUAACUCGACAGGAAUAAAAGGACUAAAUGGUUUCUAAAAUGGUGUAAAAUAUAAAGAACAUGUAAGUUUUAAUUAUUAGACGACAAAAACACCCACAUGUAAUAGAUAAAAGUGAUCCUCAAAUUGCAUUAAAACGAGGAAUGCAAAGUAAACUCUUCUACAAGGUAAUAUUUCUGUAAACAAAAAUUUUAAAAGAUAUUGCAGCAAGCGGCGCCACACUAAAAUGCAAUAUAAUAUGGAACAAAUUCACUACUAAUUAAAGACCAUUCCGCUGCGGCCCGAACUGCUCACGUGCACAGUGCAGUUUUAGUCUUUUGUUAUGCAUUUGCAUGCAUUAAAACAGCACUGUGCACGUUUUUUUUAUUUAUGCUGUAUUUAGUAGAGGAUAUGUUUUAUACAUAGAUUAUGUACUAAAUAGUGCAAGUUUUACAUAACAAUAAAACUUGUAUUAUUGAGCAGAGAUGAUGCACAGCAUCUGUGAGGGUGCGUCUAUUUCCGGUCUAGCAUCAUCCUGUCUAUGACCUACUCCAAUGUGCUUCCCUCGCUGUAAAUAGUAGCUUAACUGACUUACUUCCGAUCGGCGCCAUUUUCCUGUCACCUUAGGAGAUACUUGCGCGAAGUGCCCUCAUAGAAGUCUCUCACCAGGAGCCCUUAAAUGGAUGCUGUCAUCGUCUCUGCUCAAUUUAUGUAAUAAUAUAAGUUUUAUUGUUAUGUAAAACAUGCACUAUUGUCGGCGUGUGACGAUGCACAGCAUCUGUAAGAAACGUGUUUAUAACUCCUGGAGACUGCCAACGACGCUAUGUGAUGCAAAUAACUUGAAAUAACAGAAAAUACAUAUAUUCCGAAUAAUAAUAUUUAACAGAAUAGUUAUCGUAAUAAUUGAUCACAAUAUCGUAAUUCCCUCGUAUAACAUAAAUCAUAAUUGAAUGUAACUUAAUAUAACAUGACUAU